AUGGUUUCUAGCAAGAUCCAGAUCUUGUCACAUAAAGUUAGAACAGCACAAUCCUGGGCCAAACCUAGUGAGAAAGUAUUGGAACAGGCUCUUGUCUUGGGCUCCAGGCGAAAGUCAUCUGGUUUCCUGACCAUAGGCAUUCCUACCGUCCAAAGAGAAACGGAACAUUACCUAUCUCAAACACUUGAUUCACUGAUCAGCAAAUCAUCUCCAAAGGACCGAUCUAAUGUCGUCAUUGUCAUCCUCCUAGCCGACUUUGAGGAAGAGAAGCGAUCUAACUUGAAGAAAAUGAUACAAGAAAAAUACUCGUCAUAUCUAGAAAAUGGAUUCAUGCAAGUUAUCCAGGUUCCCUUGUCAUUUUACCCUCCCUUGGAGAAUUUAAAAUCAAACUAUAAAGAUUCCGAGACAAGAGUUUACUGGAGAUCCAAACAGUGUGUUGAUUUUGCUUUCAUGUUCUUUUAUGGCAGUAGCCUUUCAGAAUACUACCUCCAAAUAGAAGACGACGUGUAUACGGUCAAUGGAUAUCUUGCAGCUAUUCGUGCUUUUAUCAAAGAGAAAAGCAAUGUCCAAUGGGCCUCUCUGGAAUUCUCUACCAUAGGAUUUAUUGGAAAGCUCUUCCACUCAUACGACCUGGACAAGCUUGCAACACUUACAAUGAUAUUCUACGAGGAUCAACCUGUUGAUUGGAUCUUCAGAUACUUCAAAGAUUUAAACGCUCAACACAAGAACUACGUGAGGAAUCCUUCCAUAUUUCAGCACAAAGGUUUUCAGUCGAGCCUAAAAGAGAAGGACUCGAAGAAGCUGGUUGAUAAAUCCUUUGUUGGCGAUGACCAGAUCGUAGGUGCGGAUAAUCCAUCAGGAACUGUGUAUAGCAACAUAGAAGCAUUCGAGAAGUACCUUCCGCAACUGAGCUACAAGGAUACAACUGAUUUCUUCUGGGCGAAGAAACCCCAAAAAGACGAUGCUGUAGUUCUUGUAUUUGAUAAGCCAACCCAAAUAUCUCGCCUCGUCAUAGAAACUGGAUCCAGUCAGCACCCGGCUGAUAUACUGCAGGAUGCCUCUGUUGAAGUAAGUCCAGAACUCAUCCAGAGUGGCAACGCAACUGAACUUCCUAAAUGCAGUACCUUUGUAGAAGUUGGUCAAUUCUCCCACGGUCGUGUGGAGUUGGAGAUGGAAAAAAUCUUCUCACCUCGGGUGGCGUGUCUCCGAAUCCAUGUCAAAGAUUCUCAAACACAGUGGGCAAUCAUUCGACAAAUUGCCGUAUGGGUACCUCACUAGUUCAUUUUAUAAUAAAAAAAACUUUUGUGCAGCAUGUAACAAUUUUCCGUAAAUACCUCGGUCACAGAAAAUCAAAAGAGGGCAUACAGUGACGGCGACUUCCGAUGAAGCAUUUGUGUGCAAUACAUGCAUCAGAAACUGUCGAUGGAUGGAAUUUUCGCACCGCCAUGAAGAACCAAUUUAAGAACACAGUAAAUGUAUUGAAAGUGUCUGUCAAAAGACAAUGGACACCUGGGAGGUCUCUUUGUGAAAUAUUCGUCCAAAGUUUCGAAACUGAUGAAAAAUUGAAAAUGAAUCGUCUGUUCAGGGCUCUAAGGACGGAGCUGCUGUUUGAUUCACCUAUUUUCAACUAAGAUUUUUUUUGGACUGUCCAUUGUCAUGUUGGGUAUUUGACAAUACAUUUUCUCGUUCCUUGAAUCCGACGUUCGUCAUGGAGCAAAAUGUCUUUACGAAGGAGUUUUCGCAACCGUUAUGUAGACGCUUUCUGGAAUGAAGAGGGUAUGUUGUCAAAAACCCUUCACGACAAAGCAGUCUUUGUCGAAAUUCCGUGAAUCAAAACAGCAGAGUUGUCGGGAAUUUGGACAAACGACAUGCCUUUGUUUUUUCGUCAGCUCUGGAUCUUAGGACGAUCUGCUCUCCCGGUCCGCCAAUUUUUGACAAAGACCUCUUAGUUCAUUGCGAUCUGAGGGCCAUUUUCUACUCUGUUGUAGAAUCUGUUCCCGUUGCAAUUGCGAAAAGAUGGGAAUGUCUCUCAGUGAACCAGCAAAUUAGAUAAUUUAUAAAACCACACAUUCAUAGCUAAGGAAAGUAAAUUGAUUAUAAAAGGAAUACAUAAUAACUGUAGAGUAAACUUUGUGUAGAAUGUCUGAUGGGAUAAUUUCGUGUUAUUUAUUUAUUUUUUUAACAUGUAUGCUUCUACUGGCAUCAGUAUGUUACUUAAUGAUAAGAACGGCUCCCUUUUGUUUUGUUUUUAGUUUUUAUGUAAAAUUAAAUUGUAAAUUUUGAUAUAUGACUCAUAUAAUAGGUGCAAGAAGAUCACUGAGUGAUAUUAAAAGGGCUGUUUUCGACUCGCCGUAGGACAAAUGUGACCAAGGUGUAAAAUACCUAGACCAGACCCCAAAAUGAAAUUGAUAAAUCACAUACCAAUCGUAAGCUAAUUAACUACUUAAUUACAGAAAUACAAGCUUUAUGCGUUUUCACUGCUUAACAGCUUAUUAUUUUGCUUAAAGGGAUGCUCCAGGCUAAAGAUAUUUAUAUUUCAAUAAAUAAUGUAAAAUUCACAGAGCAAAAUGCUGAAAAUCGGAUAACUAAUAAUAAAGUUAUUGAAUUUCAAAGAUUUGCAUUAUUUCGGAGAACAGUUUCGAAACAGUUCUAGGCAUGUCUUCAUGAAUAUUCAUUAGGUGGGCUGCCGAUGUUAUGUCCCCACUUAUUAUUUUGUAUUUUAUAAUAUGAAAUUAGGUUGAUUAAAAAAAAAAAUUUAUCAAGAACUAAAACAGUUGAUUUGACAACUGAUAAAGUGCAUUAGUUAUUUAUUGCUGUAACUUAUUUCAUCAUAAUAGAGACACAUCAUAUACACAUCUAAGAAAAACUAAAACGAUUAUGAUUUAAUGUAAUAACGUAAGAAAAAGGAAAGUGGGGAUAUGACAUCAGUCCACCUAAUGAGUAUUCAUGACGACCGACGUGCAAACAA